CAACGAUGUCACGCUUAUUUCAAAUAAAACAGUUAUUAAACUUUAACUAAAUCGCCUCGCGUUUUACUCCACCAUUUCCAAAUAGGUUACGGGACCAGGAGUAGUAAAGACUUUAAUAAUUGUGUGUGAUCAAGAGGAAAAUAAUUAUUGUAUAUAAUUAGCUUGAACAUUUUUUAUAAACAUGAGCGGACAAGGGCUGUGUGCGAUCGACAAAUUGGACGGCGAAAAUUACGCAGUAUGGUCGGUGCAAAUGAUGAGUGUAUUGGUGCACUCGGGUAUGUGGUCGUUGGUGUGCGGAAGACGCGUGAAGCAGGAGGGUGAUACAGCUGAGCAGGGAGCCCAAUUCGCCGAACUAGACGAAAAAGCACUAGCAACAAUAUUGCUGUGCGUGAAGGCUUCAGAAAUUAAUUUGAUUAAAAACUGCGCUAGUUCUAAAGAAGCUUGGGACAAGCUUGCAGCUGUGUACAAGCCUCGUGGACCCGCCAGGAAAAUUACCUUGUUCAGGAAAUUACUCCGGUUGAGUUUUUCGGAAAGUGCGUGCGUACAAAAUUACAUAAAUGAUUUUGUGGAUAUCGUCGAAAAACUGAAAGAAAUUGAUAUGGACAUUUCUGAAGAUAUUCUUACUAUUUUGAUGCUGUCGGGACUCGGUAAGAAAUUCGAAAAUUUCGUGGUAGCGAUCGAAACGCGCGAACAGUUACCGACUCUCUCUGAUUUAAAAGUAAAAAUUAUAGAAGAGGGAGAGGGACAAAGAGUGAGUUCGGACGAAACGGAACUUUGUGUGCAGCAAGCGUUUGUGUCGCCUCCCAGUGGAAAGGGAGACAAGAAAAAUAGAUCGGCGCAAAAGAACAGUAAUGCAAAGAAGAAUAAAAAAUGCUUUCGAUGUGGUCGCGAGGGUCACUUUAUUGCGCAGUGCAAAGUGAAAGACAAAAAUGAUGAAAUAUAAACAUCUGCAAAAGAGAAGUCGUUUACUAUGCUUGCAAGUGUAAAUAAAAAUGACGUUUUAACGAAAUCGAUGUGGUGCUUGGACAGUGGAGCAACUGCUCAAAUGUGUUGUGAAAGGUCGUGGUUCGCAGACAUUAAAGCAUCAAUUCAGAAGGAGAUUGACGCCCUCGAAGCUAAUCAGACAUGGGAGCUACAGGACUUACCAGAAGGUAAACCGAUUCAUGGCUACGUCGACGCAGAUUGGGCAAAUGACACAUCGGAUCGUAAAUCCUACAGUGGAUAUGUCUUCAUAAACGCAGCUGGUCCAAUAUCCUGGGAGUCCAAGAAGCUAAGUCUGGUGGCAUUAUCAAGCACGGAGGCCAAAUAUGUUGCAUUGUCCAUUGCAGCAAGAGAAGCAGUAUUUAUAAAAAAGUUUCUGAAGGAAAUGGGUUUUUUGAUAGAUCACUCAAUUUUAAUUUUUUGCGAUAAUCAGAGUGCUUUAUGUUUAGCUAAGAAUCCAGUAUUACAUAAUAGAAGUAAGCAUAUCGACAUAAAGUACCACUAUGUUAGGGAACUUUAUUCCAAAAAGGAAAUUGAUGUAAAAUAUAUAUGUACAAACGACAUGUUAUCAGAUAUUUUAACAAAAAACCUACAGAAAAACAAGCACUUAAAAUGUAUAACUGAAAUGAAUUGUUUCUGAAUAUGUUGUUGAG